AUGGAUUGGUUUACACCUGACGUCACUUUACUCGUGUUGCUUGUGCACCUUGUUGUUGUACAGAUUCGAAUGUGUUUGGACGAGCCGAAGACUGUCAAUUCACAAAAUUUGGCUGUCUACUUCUUUAUUUUGGAGUCGGCAGUCUGUUGUGCUGAAGAAUCGUCAUUCGUUGAAGAUGAACUAGCAACACAGAUAGCUUCUUCCGUACGUGAGGCUGUUUUGUAUUCCUUAGAAUAUUGGGUUGAAGCCAAGGAACAGCAGGAGCAAUUGUCUUGUGAUGUUGAGGUCAUUAUUUAUCGAUUCACUUGCUGUUUUCUUGCUAUCGGCGGUGCCCAAAUGCUGCCGGAAUCACUAUUGCGAAAUUGUUCUCCGCAUAUGCUCGAAAUCUUCGAGAAGUCGAUAUCCGGAAGAGAUUUCGCGGCGGCACGUUUACUGCUACCAGUUCUUAAUGCCCUUCCGCAACUCACAAGUACUGUGAUUACUUCUGUAGUUGAUUUCGUGCUUUCACAGUAUCCUGGAGGUGAUUGGAGAAAAGCAGCUGACGAGGCGCUUGAGUCAUUAGAGUCUUUGAGUUCAAGAGUUGAUUUUUAUAAUGAAAACACAAUGAAGGAAGCUAUCAGAAAACUUAAAAAUGUUAUACCUAAUUGUAAACUUCUCGAAAAAUUAUUGACAUACCUUCUGCCAUCCUAA